AUGCGAGACUCCACAGGACCCGUGGAGCUUUCAGAAACAGCUCUGAAGCUGUCGAAGGUGAUCGAGCGCGAGGCCAGACGCCGGUCAGAAUUGCACAGCUCCCGGAAAAUCCGCCUUCAAUCUCAUUUCCCGUCGUUUUCAAGGAUGAAAACUGUGGAGCAGAGUCAGCGAAGCCAGCGGAGUGUACGCAGUCGUCGAUCGAUGUCGGUAACACCGACACCAGAGGAACCCACUAUAGUCACGACAGUGGAGGGCAGUAGUCCUGAACUACCGGCUGUCGACUUGUCCAACGGCACGAAAGGAACUCUAACUCGGCAAUGUUCUAAGACUGUCUCAGAGUCCCAGGCCGACGAUGGCGAAGAGCCCACGAGUUGUAUGCACAAGGUGUGGGUCUUCUUCGAGGACCCUCAGUCGUCUACUCCUGCGUACUACUUCUCGCUGAGCAUCUAUGGAUUCAUCAUAUUGUCUACAUUCGUCUUUGUUGCUGAAACGGAGGCUGUGUUCGACCCCUACAUGUCGGUGCUUAAUGCUCUGGAGGCCAUUUGCGCUGGUGUCUUCUCGUUUGAACUCGUUGGUCGCUUUCUCGUGUGUCCCAGUAAACUGGUCUUCCUCCAAGACAUCUCCAAUUGGGUAGACUUUGUUGCAGUCUUCCCUUUUUACAUGGAGUCAUUGCUGGCUUUCGACAAUGCUGGAUCCCUCGGGGCCAUUCGAAUCGUGAGACUUACCCGAGUGGCACGGGUCCUGAAGAUGUCACGGUACUCAUCAGCCAUUCAAGUUUUCACGCAGGCUAUCUCCAUCAGUAUUAAACCGCUGACCAUGCUGAUCUUCCUAAUGUCGAUCGCGAUGAUUAUUUUCUCUUCUGCCAUCUACUUCGCGGAGUAUACAAGCGAUGGUUGUCGUGCGGAUGGCUGGAUGGGCAAGUGUGACGGGGACGCUAAAACUUCCGACGUGGUGUAUUCCGUCUCUGCUGCAGCGGCAGUCGCAUCGGUGGAAACCAGUGACGCUUGCGUAUGCGUGGAUCCAAACCCAUACCAAGGCAUUGCCACGUCUUUUUGGUGGUGCAUCGUCACCAUGUCAACUGUGGGGUAUGGUGACAUGACGCCUGUGACUUGGACGGGUAAGGUGGUCGGAUGUUGCACUGUUCUGACGGGCAUGCUUGUGCUCGCGCUGCCGAUCACGGUUAUCGGUACCAAUUUCCAGAAAGUCAUGAAAUCGGUCAUGCACGAAACCAUGAAAAGCAAUGUGGACUUCCUCAAAGGGAAACGCAUGAUCUGCCGCAACGAGAUUGAAGCCAUCCUAGAACGCUUCCAUGCUGUCACGGAGGGAAUUCAUCUCGACAUCGACGAUGUAAUUAACGUAUACGACACGGACAACAGCGGUAUGCUCGAGGACGACGAACUCGCAAAGUUUCGCAACGAUCUCGAAGUUCUACAGAACCGCGCCAUUAUGAACCAAUUGGUUGUGCCUGGUGUUGGUCUUGCUCAGCCCAAAGUGUCAUCGUCCAGCUCGUCCCCUCUGAUUAUGCCGGACAAUGAGCUGCUGCUUCGACUGCUCGAUAUGCAGGAGAGUUUCCAGGAGCGGCUUCUUGAAACCGAGCAGCGGCUCGAGUCCAAGCUCAACAACCUGACCAAGAUCCUCAUUCGGCUCGAAGGAAUGAUGGAGGACGAAGACUGA